CCGGACGCCUUUCCCCCGGCCUUCGGGGGUGUGAACGUGUGUGAGCGAGAGCGGAGGCACCGAACGCAGGCGUCUCUGUUCAACCUCGGCCCCAGCAGCACCCGGCGCAGCGGCAACCCCCGCAGCGGCGGCAGCCCCAGCGCCAGGAGGCCAAGGCCAAGGCCAGGCUCUGCGUGGCUUUCGGGGCAACAGACGCGGCUCCGGCCCUGCGGGGGCGCAGCUUCCUUCGGCUGGGGCCUUCGCGUCAGCGGCCGCGGCCGCGGGGCCUCUCCUGCGCGCCCGGGGUCACUGUCCUCGAAGCCCGGCGGCGCGGCCCUAGUCCCUCUUCCCGCCCCCCGGUCCGUCUCCUUCUCGCUCCCUUCAGCCGUCCUCCGCGCCGCCGCCUCUGCGGUUCGUCAGGCGGCCCGGCCCGGCCCGCCCGCCCCGCAUCCCCUCCGGCCGGUGCCUCUCCCCCCGGCGGGCUGCCUGCAUGUCUUUGCUGCCCUCAGCCCCGCCGCCACCGCCGCCGCCGCCUCCUCCGCCGCCGCAGCACCAGCACCAGCCGCCCCGUCGCCGCCGCCGCCGCCGCCGCCCGGACCCCGGCGCGCUGAAUGCAGACUAAUAGGGAUGCCAAAGGAAAAAUAUGAUCCUCCAGAUCCUCGCAGAAUUUAUACCAUCAUGUCAGCAGAGGAGGUAGCCAAUGGGAAAAAAUCUCACUGGGCAGAAUUAGAAAUCUCGGGUAGAGUGCGGAGCCUAAGUACAUCACUUUGGUCGUUGACACACUUGACAGCGCUGCACCUAAAUGACAAUUACCUUAGUCGCAUUCCACCUGAUAUUGCCAAGCUUCAUAAUCUGGUUUACCUGGAUCUGUCAUCCAAUAAACUCAGAAGUUUACCAGCAGAACUAGGAAACAUGGUGUCUCUCAGGGAAUUGCUUUUAAAUAACAAUCUGUUACGGGUUUUGCCUUAUGAACUUGGUCGGCUCUUCCAGCUACAAACUCUAGGUUUGAAAGGCAAUCCUUUAUCACAGGAUAUUCUCAACUUAUACCAGGACCCAGAUGGAACCCGAAAGCUACUGAACUUCAUGCUUGACAAUCUUGCAGUUCAUCCAGAGCAGCUUCCUCCGAGGCCAUGGAUUACAUUAAAAGAACGAGACCAAAUUCUGCCAUCAGCAUCAUUCACGGUUAUGUGUUACAAUGUGUUAUGUGAUAAAUACGCUACCCGGCAGCUAUAUGGCUAUUGCCCAUCCUGGGCAUUAAACUGGGAAUACAGGAAAAAGGGAAUUAUGGAAGAAAUUGUUAACUGUGACGCAGAUAUCAUUAGUCUUCAGGAAGUGGAAACAGAGCAAUACUUCACUCUCUUUCUGCCAGCAUUGAAGGAGCGUGGAUAUGAUGGAUUUUUUUCUCCAAAGUCACGUGCCAAAAUCAUGUCUGAGCAGGAGAGAAAGCAUGUAGACGGUUGUGCAAUAUUCUUCAAAACAGAAAAAUUUACAUUGGUGCAAAAGCAUACAGUGGAAUUUAACCAAGUGGCAAUGGCUAAUUCAGAUGGAUCCGAAGCUAUGCUGAACAGAGUGAUGACAAAAGAUAACAUUGGUGUUGCUGUGGUAUUAGAGGUCCACAAAGAACUAUUUGGAGCAGGUAUGAAACCUAUUCAUGCUGCAGACAAACAGCUGCUUAUAGUGGCAAAUGCCCACAUGCAUUGGGACCCAGAGUAUUCUGAUGUGAAGCUCAUCCAGACCAUGAUGUUUGUCUCAGAGGUUAAAAACAUUCUGGAGAAAGCCUCUAGUAGGCCUGGCAGCCCAACUGCAGAUCCUAAUUCCAUCCCGCUGGUGCUAUGUGCAGAUCUUAACUCAUUGCCAGAUUCAGGUGUUGUGGAAUACUUAAGCAAUGGAGGAGUAGCUGACAACCAUAAAGACUUCAAGGAACUAAGGUACAAUGAGUGUCUUAUGAACUUCAGCUGCAAUGGAAAGAAUGGAAGCUCAGAAGGGAGAAUCACACAUGGCUUCCAACUUAAGAGCGCCUAUGAAAAUAACUUGAUGCCUUACACCAAUUACACCUUUGAUUUCAAAGGCGUGAUUGACUACAUUUUCUAUUCCAAGACUCAUAUGAACGUGCUUGGUGUCCUGGGGCCUUUAGAUCCUCAAUGGCUGGUUGAGAACAACAUCACUGGGUGUCCACACCCUCACAUCCCUUCAGACCACUUCUCACUGUUAACACAACUUGAACUCCACCCUCCACUCCUGCCUCUUGUCAAUGGUGUUCACUUGCCUAAUCGGAGGUAGUGGAGUACUGCCCCGCCAAGACGGGGAUCUGUUGCUAUGGACCUGUACAGUUGUAAAUCAAAGUAUGUGGAGUGAAGUAUGGCCAUCCUUAAGCUGCUUCUUCAGGUUUCUUUCAUUAUGUGUUUGCUGUAAGACUUUGUACAUUUUUGUGCAUAUUGGUAUCAUUUGGCAGUAGGGCUGGAACCAGAGUAUUACUCUCUUUCCAAAAUUUUAAUUUAACAUGUUUUUAAAUUGGACCUUCUUUAUAUUAUAUUAAGAGCCAGCAUUCAGAAUUGAUAAAUUACCAAUUUGAGGCCCAACAACAGUGUAUUUGUUUUUCCAAAACAAAUACUUUCUUUUGGAUGGUUUCAGUGACCCAACCAUUUUUAUAAAGGCAAUUUUUUAAAAACUAUAAAUAUAAGGUUUUACACUGACUGAAGAUAUGCCUUCCAGGGAAAACCUUCUUGAAUUUUUUCUUUAUAACAAACCGAUUUUUGGAUUCGCAAGUCAUUUGCACAUUAACAGAGCACUUAAAUUUGCUUACUCUCUACAUAACUAUGAUAUAGCUUCUACGCAUUAUAAGACAAUUUUGAAAAAUUAAAGAUGGUUGCACAGUAUGCUUUCAUAAGUAUGUAACACCAUGUGACAAUUUGUUGCCAAAUGCUGGUUGGUUGGGGUUUUUUUAAGGAAUCACUUUUUUUUUUUGUCCCCUCUAUUAGUUAUAACCUUAUUAGAAGUAUUAAUUCUAAGCCUGUCUCUCAAGUUUAUUUAUAGAGAAAGAGUAAAUAUUCUAUAUUGCCACACAUCUUGAAAAUAGAAUGCAGUACAUUUAGGAUGCCCACAGAAUGAAUUUUUUCUUACUCCACUUCUACCUUCUUUCUGUCUGGUUGUACUGGGAAAACAGAUGUGAUAUGACCUAUAUCAUUUUUGCCAUUAUAGUCAGACGUUAAAAAGAAGAACAAAAUCUGCUGAAUAAAAAGGCCUUGAUCAAAGUUUCAGAUGGUGAAAACCAUACAGAUACUUUAUGUGUUUCCAAUGUAGGUUAUGUGGCUGUUGGUUUUUUGAGAUGACAGUGCAAAGGAUUUGGGGGAGAGAGAACAAAUUUGGGGCAGUAGAUGAAAGCCUUGGGUCAUUUUCCAGACUCUAGCUGCCAAAUGACCAUCAUAUGCUUUUAAUCUUUGUUUCUGUUGUCUGUCAGGGUUGAAUUAAGGAGCUACUGGUUUAUUCCCAACUGUUGAUGCCUUUAGAUAUGUUGGAAUCUUUUUUUUUGCCUAGGAGGAGCCAGUUGAAAAUCUGUGACUCAAGAGGCAGUAAACAGAAUACUGUUUUCUGGGGAAAAAUUGGUUGGCUGCUUGAUGUUAAUUAUGGCACAGUAACAGGAAAAGGUUGUGUCUGUGUUUUUAAGUUUUUCUUUAUUCUGCUUUUUUGCUGCUAUAAGAGUUUUCUGAAAUUUAUAUUUUAAACUUUUCAUGCACUUUACUGUUUCUAGUCUCAAAAUGUGAUAUUUUUAAUAAACAAGAAAUUUUCCAUUAUGUGAAUGAAAUUUUAAAAGAAAAUAGCCUAUAUUUGUGUCUCACUAAUUUAUAAAGUACAGGUCAAAUUUAAAUUAUUUAAUUAGUUUUAAAUAUACACAAUUUGUCUCCUCUUUCAAACUUAUCUUAGGCUGUUUUAUUAGUCUUAAAUGAUGCAUUUACUUUGGUCAUUUUAUGCUAAUUUCUUCCAUAGUAAAUUAAUCAGGCUAUAUAAGAUAAUAUUUCCCCAGAAGGGUAAUUUUAGUGGGAUGAGGGUGGUGGGAUGAUGUAAUAUCAUACAUGGGCUUGCAUCAGAAGGGUUCUGUAAAGCCUAAACUCCCUUUUAAAAGUGCCUAGUGAUAGAGGCGUUGUCAUCUAUUAUAAUUGGAAUGUCGUCGUAGUUCAGUGAAUUUUGAUGUAAAUAUUCUUUUUAAAAUGUUAAAGUACCAGAAUAAACAAAAAGAAAUGACCCUUAAGAUGACAGAUUUUCCUCAACAUGCAGGUUCCCCUUCUUAUAUACCUCAAGUAUCCAACAUCUAGCCAUGCAAAUUGAUUACAUGAAGCAUAGUACUGGAAAGUAGAAUAGCAUGAAAAACUUAAUUUUGUGGACAUUACCUUUUUUUGUAAUCAGCUACUGUAUGUUUUAUUUUAGAUGUUUUGUUUGGGUGGAUUUUCCCACUCUGGAGGUAUAUGCACUAACAAAACAUUUUCCUCCUUUCAUAUGCGCAUGUUAAUUAGCAAUGUGAGCAAUAUUUCCUACCAUACUUCACUCCCAGUAUUUUUUGAGAUGUUUGUAUAAAAUGGAAUUUAAAGUUCACUUAUGAUUGUAUAUGAACCACAGAGGAGCCCAUUUAUUAAUAAAAAAACCUUUUUUAAUAGUUAAAUGUAGAGGGAAAAAAUAAAAAAAAAUUGGGAAACAUUGUAAACAGCUUAAGUUUAUUUUGUGUAUGAUUGAGGCACUCUGUUGCAGGAAGGUGUGUAAUUGGGUUCUCUCUGCUUCAAAUGCGCUCUUUCAAACCAUUCAUUAUCCUGUGUAUUUUUAAUGUGGUUUUAGUAAAUGUUGGUAGUAGC